CACCAGAACCGUUUUCCAUCAAAAAAGUACUUAAAGCGCAUUUACGCUACGUCACAAUGCCCCUCGUUAAUCCACCUUUUUCUGUCGCGCUUGGACGUUUUCCAUCCACUGAGUCGCUCUUUUAGAAUGUUUGUGUCAAAAGUAAAAUAGACUUUAUCGCGCGUGAGAAUAUAGCCUUGGCUACCGGACCGACAAAACAAGAUGGAUAACCUACGUGUCGUCUUAUUAAUUAUCAAUAUAUUAUCCACAAUAACUGUUAUCAGAAAACGGAUGACAGCCCGGAGAAGGCGACUCGCAUACCUAAUGAGUGUCCUUCUGACCUGUAGUACUCGCAGAUCGCCAGUAACCUGGCAGCACCAAAGGUGCUGUUUAUGGUGGGAGAAGGACGUACCAAUAUAUACGGACCGUCAGUUUAUGACUGAUUUUCGAGUCAGUAAGAAUCUGUUUAGAGAGAUAUGUGUGCUUGUAGAGCCACGUAUGAGGCCUGACCCUGCGAGCAGGAGAGCAGCUGUGUCGUUGGAGAAACGGGUGGGAAUAGCACUGUUUAAAUUAGCCAGCUGUUGUGAAUACCGGGUCGUUGCCGGGAAGUUCGGAGUCUCUGUAACUACGGUUCACCGAUGUGUAUAUAGCUUUUGCAGAGUCUUGUGCUCAAUGCUACAUAGAUUCAUCAAAUUGCCAUCCGCAGAAGAGGCUCAACAAAUCGCCUAUAGGAAUGACGUACGUCAGCGCAUACCCCAGGUGUACGGCGCAAUUGAUGGGUCCCAUAUCCCCAUCUCUGCACCUCUGGAGGGCUUCAGGGAUUUUGUGAACAGAAAAGGAGCCACAUCAUUAGUGCUGCAGGCAGUGGUGGAUGACAGGGGCUUGUUCAGAAAUAUAUUUGCGGGUCUGCCUGGCAGUACACACGAUUCCGCCGUUUUAAAACAAUCAGGCUUGUUCAGGAAUGAGGACAGACACCCUAAGGGCCAUAUUGUUAUCCAGGCCACAAACAUACCCUUCCUGUUAGUAGGAGAUCCUGCCUACCCCCUCCUCCCAUGGUUGACCAAGGCCUACCCUGGACCUGUGCUCUCCCCAUCAGAGGAAGCAUUCAACAAACAUUUAAAUGCCAUCAGGGUAGCCGUUGAACAUAGCUUUGGUCGUUUGAAGGCAAGGUGGAGGGUGCUGGGCAGGCAGAGUGACAUCAACCACCUGUUUAUGCCGAAGGUUAUAUCGGCAUGCUGUGUCCUGCACAACAUGUGUGAGGCAAAAAAUCAAGAGCAGAUAGAGACUGCACCUGAUAUACUCCCUGAACUGGGAAAUGAGGAUGAAGGAGAAGAUCCUGAGGACACUGGGAGGGAGGAGGAGGAGAACACUGAGGCAGCAGCAAUAAGAGAUGCCCUGAUGCGUCACCUGAUGAGUCACAUGAAUUUGUAA